AAUGGCUGCAGUAAGAAUUGUUCAAAUUCCAACUGAUAAAGUAGGAUUAAUUAUCGGAUUUAAGGGCAGCACACUCAGGUUUAAAAACGACAACGGAACCUACUCCUUGACCAUCAACGGUGUGCACAACAAGGCUGUGGAGAGAGUGGUGGAUGAGGUCGAGAGGAUAUUUGCAGUGAUCAGACACAGCGAGAUAUUCAGUACUCUAUAUUGCUGGAACGGAAAGGCAUAUGAAUCUGCUGAAAUUAAAUUAGAGUUGCACAAUGGUAAAGGGUCACUUCCUCUGAAGGCUCAAGCAUACAAGAUCAAGUCAAUCAGUCCAAGUGUGGCUGGAUCUGUGUUCACUUCAGGAGAAAUCUUUAUGCAAGGCUAUGAUGAUACUAAGGUUGAAAACAUCUUCAAGGAAGCACUCAAUCAGAAAUUGGGUUCCACUACUGAAUUCACCUUCAGGUUUUCUUUGCUUUUAUCCAAUUAUUUGUUGUUUAUUAUCCAAUUGUGGAAGACGAUACCUAGUCGCCUAAAACAAGACCCACAAGAAUGAGAUAGAACGGAUACGGGGCAUUGUACUUUUAAAUCUACACGUGUGAUCUUGAUAUAGACUCAUGUUCUGAACCCUCUAGUAAUAAGUUUAUGCGUUUCAU